AUGCCCGCGUGCGACGACGACGACGACGACGACGACGACGACGCGGCGCACGAGCGCGCGCGGACGCGGGUGGAAUCGUUGGAGACGUUGCGGGAGGAAGCGGCGCGGCGAUGGAGCGUGCUGGCGCUGUGUGAAGAGAUGGCGGGGAGCGACGCGUACGCGAACCACGCCGAGGCGCUCGGCGCGCGGAGGUUCUUGGUGAAAGCGCUCGAUCGAGCGAUGCGAGAGGGAGACGAGGAGGCGAUGACGAUCGUUGGAGGCGCGUUGGGUCGGUGCGGGGAGCUGGCGAAGCGCGAGCGGAGCGUGGAGUUGCGUUCGGUGGCGGGAAGUCAGGUGGGAUCGCGCGCUGGACAACCGCCGUCGACGCUUGAGGUGACGCUUCCCGUGAGUGGGAACGUCGUUAUCGUGCACGAAAGCGCUUGGAAGGACGCUGGGUUGGCGUGGCGCGUGUGGGGGAGCGCGCAAAUAAUGUCGCGGAUCUUGGACGCGGCUCCGGCGCUCGUGAGGAAUUUGGAGGUGCUAGAAAUUGGCGCCGGUUGCGGUUUGUGCGGAAUCGUCGCCGCGAGCCUCGGUGCGAAGCGCUCGACGAUCACAGAUGGUGCCCCCGGGGCGCUCGCUGCGAUUCAACGAAGCGCUGCGGAGUUGCCUAACGCAACGGCGGCGUUCCUGGACUUUCGGGACGACGCCGACAUCAUCGAUGGCAUCGUCUCGCUGGACGAUGCGCGUUCGUCCAACGAGGCACGUCACUGGGUGCACUCGCGCUCGGGCUCGCAAAGGACGGUCAUCGAAGAGUACAAACUCUCCGUUGACGCCGAAUAUGAUGUGUGCAUCGCGACAGAUGUGUUGUACAGCGAGGAACACUCGACGCCGCUCGCGGCGAGCCUCUCUCGCCGCAUUCGACCGGGAGGGACCGGACUGGUCUUAAACGCGUGCCGCCACGCCGGUCUGCUGAGCGAAUUCGCCAUCGCACUUCUUGCUCGCGGGCUGCGAGUGCAGAUAUCCGUCGCUGAGCGUUUUAAAGGUGAGGACGACACGCAGGAGUAUCAGGGUGGCCAUCUGCAUCGAACGCUUCCGUCGGAAGCCGAAGCGUGGUGGACGGAAAUCGCCCGCGAUCUCUCCGACUUCUCCUCCCUCGUCGUCGCCGAUGAAGACAGCUCACUCUCAUUGCUCGCCGACGCCGCCGCGGCGUGCCAGUUCAUGACGCGUUUCGAGGGACGAUUUGUCUUGAUGCGCAUUCGCAGACCGGAUGUGCCGAGCGUCAACACGGAGACGCACGCGCGCGACGAGAGCGUCCCACCCUUCCCAGCGACCCCCCCGCCGCUGCUUUCGUAA